AUGCUCUUAAUCCUUUUAAUUUUCUUUAUUUUGAGAAAGUCUCCCAGGCACAUGACGUAUGUAGUACACAAGGGUAUACACUGAAAAGUAAUCCUUGCUUACUCCCUACAGACUGUGCUUCUGAUGUCCCUGCUCGAUGUCCCCAGGUAGAGUCUGCUGGACUUAUGUUCAGCCAGGAGUGUUCAAGGUUUUGCAGACAUGUGUACGUGUUGCAUCUUUUUGGGGCGAUGUGUGUUGGUCCAUUAAUGAUGCUAGACACAUGUUGCUUUUUUAACUUGACAUAGAAGGUUGGGGGGAGCUAGCCAUCAUACCUCAGCCCUUAGGUGCCUCGUCAUUUCUUUUGGUGUGGGGGAGUGCUAGGAUUGGAACUUAGGACCUGGCGCAGGCUAGGCAAGCACUGAGCUGUAUACAGUUGUCUGUCUCACUAUCUCUUCAAUCUUUUUUUCCUCCUUUUUCUUCUUUAUUUGGCAAUACUGGGGAUUGAACUCAGGGCCUAGAACUUGGUAGAUAAGUGUUCUUACCACUUGAGUUAUACCCUCAGUCCUUUUUUGCUUUUUUGGUUUGCUUUUCAGAUAGGGUCUUGUACUUUCUCCCUUUUGCCUUGACUGUGCUUCUCCCACCUACACCUUCUGAGUAGCUGGGAUUACAUGCUGGCCUGCCUCAUCAUUCUUAAAUGGCCUCAGAAUACUUCACUGAGUGACUGUGAUACAUAAUUAGGCCUUUUUGUGGGUGUUGAAGUUGUUUCCAGUCCUGUCUGUCUACCACACACAGUCCUGCACUUGAACUGUCUUGUCUUGGCCUGUUCCCCUGACUAUCAGAUGGCUUUUUAGGUGGAAACUGUUGAAUUCAAAGGUUCUGUGGAGGAAGGGAGCUUCACAUAGGACUCACCCAUUGAGGGUGAGGAGGUUUGCUAUGAGGACUGAGUCUGCCCUAGGUUGCAUCUUUUUAGUGAGCUUCCUGACUGACUAGCUGAUGUGUGCCUUUGGACCAAUCUUUUGGGCUCUCUUGGCCUUCGUUCUGAUGUUUGCAGGAUGAUUCCCAGAUCCUGGGCUCUGGUUCCCCUCUCAGUGCUGGGUCUCCUGAGUAUUUGUCCAGGAUGUUUUGAGGCCUGUCGGUGAGGCUGGGGAGCCCCAUCAUGUGGAUCAGCCAUUCAUUGGAGGUGUCCAAAGGGCUAUGGAGGCCAUGUUGUCCUCCACCAGCAGACAGAUGACCAACAGAUACACAUGCAGCCUGUGUGCUGGGCGGAGGAACGCCCUUCGGACUGUCAUCUUCUGUGCUCAGGAUGUACUCCUCCUCUUCUGGUGUUACACCUUCCUCAGGGUGUAAGGUGUACCAAGCUGUUCAGUUAUUGUCCUUAAGCUCACAUGACCAUCAUUGGGCAUGGAACAAACUCCAUUCCACUCUGUGAAGAUUGCUGGGAGAGUGUUGAAAUGACAUAAUUGGAGAAUGAAAUCAAGGAGUGGACUGACAAGGCUGGGGUUGUAUUUUUCAGGUGACAAUCAAUCCAAGUGUAAUUCGUAUUCAUCUCUUUGGAGGAGGGUCUCAAAUAGAAGUUCCAGUGGUGAUUGGCCAUGAGAACUUCCCAAUCCUGGCUCUUCGGAGAGAACAGCCCAGAAACGAAAGUUCCCCAGUCCUCCACAUUCUUCCAAUGGCCACUCACCACAGGAUACAUCAACAAGCCCUAUUAAAAAGAAAAAGAAACCUGGCUUACUCAACAGUAACAGUAAGGAGCAGUCAGAACUAAGACAUGGUCCGUUUUACUAUAUGAAGCAGCCACUCACCACAGACCCUGUUGAUGUUGUACCGCAGGACGGACGGAAUGAUUUCUACUGCUGGGUUUGUCAUCGGGAAGGUCAAGUCCUUUGCUGUGAGCUCUGUCCCCGGGUUUAUCACGCUAAGUGUCUGAGACUGACAUCGGAACCAGAGGGGGACUGGUUUUGUCCUGAAUGUGAGAAGAUUACAGUAGCAGAAUGCAUCGAGACCCAGAGUAAAGCCAUGACCAUGCUCACCAUUGAACAGCUGUCCUACCUGCUCAAGUUUGCCAUUCAGAAAAUGAAACAGCCGGGGACAGAUGCAUUCCAGAAGCCCGUUCCAUUGGAGCAGCAUCCUGACUACGCAGAAUAUAUCUUCCACCCGAUGGACCUUUGCACAUUGGAAAAGAACGCUAAAAAGAAAAUGUAUGGCUGCACGGAAGCCUUCCUGGCUGACGCCAAGUGGAUUUUGCACAACUGCAUCAUUUAUAACGGGGGAAAUCACAAAUUGACGCAGAUAGCAAAAGUAGUCAUCAAAAUCUGUGAGCAUGAGAUGAAUGAAAUUGAAGUCUGUCCAGAAUGUUAUCUAGCUGCUUGCCAAAAACGAGACAACUGGUUUUGUGAGCCUUGUAGCAAUCCACAUCCAUUGGUCUGGGCAAAGCUGAAGGGUUUUCCAUUCUGGCCUGCCAAAGCUCUGAGAGAUAAGGAUGGGCAGGUCGAUGCCCGUUUCUUUGGACAACAUGACAGGGCCUGGGUUCCGAUAAAUAAUUGCUACCUCAUGUCCAAAGAAAUUCCCUUUUCUGUGAAAAAGACCAAGAGCAUCUUCAACAGCGCCAUGCAAGAGAUGGAGGUGUAUGUGGACAACAUCCGCAGGAAGUUUGGGGUUUUUAAUUACUCUCCAUUCAGGACACCCUACACACCCAAUAGCCAGUACCAAAUGCUGCUGGAUCCCACCAACCCCAGUGCUGGCACUGCCAAGAUAGAUAAGCAGGAAAAGGUCAAGCUCAAUUUUGACAUGACGGCCUCCCCCAAGAUCCUCAUGAGCAAGCCCAUGCUGAGUGGGGGCACAGGCCGCAGGAUUUCCUUAUCGGAUAUGCCUCGCUCACCCAUGAGCACAAACUCUUCUGUGCACACGGGCUCUGAUGUGGAGCAGGACUCAGAGAAGAAGGCCACAUCCAGCCACUUCAGCGCCAGUGAGGAGUCCAUGGAUUUCCUUGAUAAGAGCACAGCUUCACCGGCCUCCAUGAAGACUGGACAAGCGGGGAGUCUGUCAGAUAGCCCAAAACCUUUCUCUCCCCAAGCACCGUCAGUGCCCAUCAUGACAAAAACGGACAAAACCUCCACCACUGGGAGCAUCCUGAAUCUUAACUUGGAUCGCAGCAAAGCCGAGAUGGACCUGAAGGAGCUGAGUGAGUCGGUGCAGCAGCAGUCGGCCCCUGUUCCCCUCAUCUCCCCUAAACGGCAGAUUCGAAGCCGCUUCCAGCUCAAUCUCGACAAGACGAUAGAGAGUUGCAAAGCCCAGUUAGGAAUCAAUGAGAUCUCGGAGGACGUUUACACGGCCGUAGAGCACAGCGACUCAGAGGAUUCGGAGAAGUCAGAUAGUAGUGAUAGUGAGUAUAUCAGUGACGACGAGCAGAAGUCCAAGCACGAACCGGAAGAGCCAGAGGACAAGGAGGGGAGUCGGAUGGACAAAGAGCCAUCUGCUAUCAAAAAAAAGCUCAAACCUGCAAACCCUGUGGAGGUCAAAGAGGAGCUGCAAAGCACGUCACCAGUCAGCGAGAAAGCAGACCCAGGGCCUGUCAAGGACAAGGCCAGCCCUGAGCCGGAGAAGGACUUUACAGAGAAAGUGAAACCAUUAUCCCACCCCACAAAGGACAAACUGAAGGGAAAAGACGAGACGGAUUCCCCCAUGGUGCACUUGGGCCUGGACUCUGAUUCAGAGAGUGAACUUGUCAUAGAUUUAGGAGAAGAGCAUUCAGGGAGGGAGGGUCGAAAAAAUAAGAAGGAACCCAAAGAGCCGUCUCCCAAACAGGAUGUUGUAGGUAAAGUGCCACCAUCCACUGCGGCGGGCAGCCAGUCUCCCCCCGAAACGCCGGUGCUCACCCGCUCUGCCACCCAGGCCCCUGCGGCUGGUGUCCCCGCGACCACCAGCACGACGUCCACGGUCACGGUCACAGCGCCGGCCACCGCCGUCACAGGAAGCCCGGUGAAAAAGCAGAGGCCGCUCUUGCCGAAGGAGACUGCCCCGGCCGUGCAGCGGGUCGUGUGGAACUCCUCAAGUAAGUUUCAAACGUCCUCCCAAAAGUGGCACAUGCAGAAGAUCCAGCGGCAGCAGCAGCAGAGCCAGCAGCCUCAGUCUUCCCAGGGGACGAGAUAUCAGACCAGACAGGCUGUCAAAGCUGUCCAGCAGAAGGAGGUCACACAGAGCCCAUCCACGUCCACCAUCACCUUGGUGACGAGCACACAGCCAUCAUCCCUGAUCAGCAGCUCGGGUUCCUCGAGCACCCUCACAUCUGCAGUCAACGCUGACCUGCCCAUCGCCACAGCCUCAGCUGAUGUUGCUGCAGACAUUGCCAAGUACACAAGCAAAAUGAUGGAUGCAAUAAAAGGAACGAUGACAGAAAUAUACAACGAUCUUUCCAAAAACACUACCGGAAGCACGAUAGCUGAGAUCCGCAGGCUGAGGAUCGAGAUCGAGAAGCUACAGUGGCUGCACCAGCAGGAGCUCUCUGAGAUGAAACACAACCUGGAGCUGACCAUGGCUGAGAUGCGGCAGAGCCUGGAGCAGGAGCGGGACCGGCUCAUCGCUGAGGUGAAGAAGCAGCUGGAGCUGGAGAAGCAGCAGGCAGUGGAUGAAACCAAAAAGAAGCAGUGGUGUGCCAACUGCAAGAAGGAAGCCAUCUUCUAUUGCUGCUGGAACACCAGCUAUUGUGACUACCCCUGCCAGCAGGCCCACUGGCCCGAGCACAUGAAAUCCUGCACCCAGUCAGCCACUGCCCCUCAGCAGGAAGCUGAUGCGGAGGCAAAUACGGAAACAGGAAAUAAGUCAUCCCAGGGCAGCUCCUCUAGCACACAGUCCGCCACUUCGGAAACGGCCAGCGCCUCCAAAGAGAAGGACACAUCAGCCGAGAAAAGCAAGGACAGUGGCUCGAGUCUUGACCUUUCUGGCUCCAGAGAGACGCCUUCUUCCAUUCUCUUAGGUUCUAACCAAGGCUCUGUUAGCAAAAGGUGUGACAAGCAACCUGCCUAUACCCCAACCACCACAGACCACCAGCUGCACCCCAACUACCCAGUCCAGAAGUACCAUUCCCGGAGUAGUAAGUCCAGCUCCUGGAGUGGCAGUGAGGAGAAGCGAGGGUCAUCGCGCUCCGAGCACAACGCCAGCUCCAGUUCAAAGAGUCUCAUCCCCAAAGAGUCUCGGCUGGACAGCUUCUGGGACUAGGGGGUACAUUGUGACCCAAACCACCCACCCUGUUGGGGAUAGCAACCCAGACAACCAGGACAACAGGAAACCAUGAAGACAGGAGAACAGCCACCUUCAGACUUGGGAAUUCUGGAGCCCCUGACUCAGCCUGGGCACCUGGUGUCAGAGCAGCCUACACUACACGAUGUCCAGAGGCAGCCCUGGCUGUGGUCACUCGCCCACACGAGCCCUAUGCUUUAGUGUAAAUAAUGUACACUUUGUGGAUGUCGCCGACCUAAACAACCUUCCCUUUUUAUAUUUGUAUUGACUUUAACUUAUAAAAAAAAAAAAAGACGAAAAACAAAUUAAAAAACAAAACAGAACCCAACAAUGAAAAGAAUGUUGGUGUUGGAGGAAUGGUCACACGGUGGUGGGGGCGGGGCCCAGCGUCGCAGUCACACACACGAGCGACAGCGGCAGGCACGUUGGGAGCAGAGUGUGGAUGUAGGCUGUGCUGCUGUGCACAUGUCACACCGAGUCUGUAGUCCCUCGCAGAUGCCACGUGACUACGCUGGGCGCUUGGAGCUCACUGGACCCGAGGAACGCGUGCCAAAGUGCGUGUUUCGUGUGAUCUGAACAAUGACUCCUCUAAGGAACAAAGCAGCCUCCUUGUUUACAGAAGACCCAUGGAAACAAGCCCCGCGCCACUCAACUGCAGACGCAAGGAGAAGCACGUGGGAGGGCGAUCAGCGCUGCAGCCGAGAGCAAUCUGCGGCCCUCUGUGUCCUUCAGAUGUGCUCACGCACACAAAAGCAAGGACUCGGAGGCGGGAGGCGCGCAGAGCACGUGUGAGCCUGGGCCGAAGCAUGUAUGUAUUAUUUAUAGGAUGGAGUUGUGCGUUUUUACGUAAGCAUGAAACAGAGGCAGUAUGAGAGAAACGAGACCGCCAUGCUGUCUGUUACACUACGUGUGCCGUAGGUUCAUUUCGUAUUGCGUGAAACAAAAGGCAUUGCUCUCGAAGCAAAGGUGACGUUGUUAUAUGAGAAAAUUAAUGUACGCUACCAUUCCAGUACAUUCCGUUGUACGUUUUCGUCUCGUUUCCUUUCUCUUCGUUGUCGAUAAGAGGAUUCGAACUGUACAGUUUCCAGCUAGUUACCCACAAUAGAGAAGAAAUAAGAAGAGGUCCUAGAAGAAAAUUGCAGUUGUCAAAAAAAAAAAAAUAGCCUAGCUGGCCUUAUUUGUGAAGCAUAAUUGCUUUUAGCAUAUGGAAGUAUUUUUUCACAUUUUCUUUGUAUAAAAUUUGUAUUAAACUUAAAUAUCUUUUUGAUGAUGGUGUUUCUUUGUGGCUGAACCAGUGGUCUCACACCACAUGGCCUUUUGGGUU